AAGUGCUCCACACUCCUCCAAUUCAUUCGUGCUGUGAUCGUUGGUGGAGACAGACAAAGAAAAUUCAGCCAGAAGAGCUGAAUUCUUAAGUUUUUAAUUCUUAUUUAAAAAAAAAAAAGAAAAGAAAAGUGAUUGAGGAAAAUGGAAAAUCAUUUGAUAAAGUUGGAGGAGUUUUUCAGUGGAAAAGGAGUAUUCAUAACGGGUGGCACGGGAUUCCUGGGUACGGGUUUGCUGGAAGCCCUCCUGGGCGUGAGUCCCAAUAUUGGGAAAAUUUAUGUGCUCGUUCGUGAAAAACGCGGAAUGACUCCGGCGGAGCGUUUCAAGAAAAUGUUCGCAAAAGAGAACUUUAGGCACCAUUCGGAGGAGACGCUUAAAAAAGUCAUCCCAAUCACAGGAGAUCUCACUAGCGUGGAUUUUGGUCUUGCACCUGAAAUCCUAGCAGAAAUCAUUGAGAAUGUGAAUAUAAUUUAUCACAGUGCGGGAUUAAUUAAAUUUAAUAGACCCCUGAAGAUGGCCAUAGAAUUGAAUGUCGUGAGCACUCUGCGGAAUAUUCAGCUGGCCAAGAAGCUCAAGAAGUUGUCUGCCUUUGUGUAUGUGUCCACAGCUCUGGCCAACAUCAACAUCCGCGGGCAGAUUGAGGAGAAAGUCUACUGGCCAGGACGAGAUCCGCAUGAGCUGAUAAAGCUAGCCGAGGCCAAUUUACUCCCAAUCAGUGAGAGUGAUCCCGAAUUCACGGAAAUUGUGGGAAGGCACGAAAAUUCCUACACAUUCUCCAAGCAAGUGGCUGAGAAUUUAAUACAGAAAGAAAUGGGAUCCCUCCCAGUUGGUAUCAUCCGCCCGUCUGCAGUUUAUGGAUCAUACAACCACCCUGUAGAGGGUUGGUCAGGCUCAGCAUCAAGUGGUCAUCUUGGGUACAUUGUGGCCCACAUGAAGGGCGCCACGAGAUGCCUGUACGGGGAUAGAUCCACUGUUCUGUUUGCCAUUCCGUGCGAUUUCUUCGUCAAUGGCACACUCGUGCUCACGUGCUACGUGGGCACACGACCCAUUGAGAAACCCGAAGUCAUCCACAUAACAUCCAAUCACAAGGUCAACAAACUCACCCUUGGCGAUCUCAAUGACUUCAUGAAUAACGAAGUUGCCAAGAAUCCCUGCAAUUCCUACCUUUGGCGCCCCCACAGUAAAGUUCGCAAAGGAUGGCGCUAUGAAUUCUUCAACUAUGCCUACAUCCUCCUGGCAAUACUCAUCUACAUUCCCGAGAAGAUUUUCCGUUUUGGACCACGAUGGAUGAGUGGUUUCAAAAUUGUCCUCAUUUCCUACAAGGGGGCCAAAUAUUUUGCAAAUAUUGCCGAUAAAAUAGAGCGCAUUUCCAUCGACAAUGGCCAACGUAUUAUGAGACUCGUCAAUCCGGAAGAUAAACACCGCUACGCAGCUGAUGUAGCUCAAGUAGAUUGGACAGAAUUAUUUGCCAGGAGUAUCAAAUGGGCAAAGACGUACUACUACAAGGAGACUGGAAGCAUUGGGUUUAAACAUCAAGUAAUUUACUACACGUGCAUCAGCAUUGAAGGCAUCCUUUAUACCUUGCUGUGGUAUCUUGUCUACGUGAUCCUCAUGACCUUUACGGGUUGUCCCGAAAUUUCUUCCGCAAUAGGUGUCAUGAUUAUCUUUUUUGUUCAUUGGCUAUAGUGCUAAAUGAACUGCUAAAAGCAGUGGUGAAAUAAAUUAUGUACAAUGCUGUAUUAUGUAAUUUUUGAGACAUAAAUAUAUUAUUUCAAUUUA